GGGUUUAUAGCCCAACAAAAUCAAAUCAAAUCAAAUAGGAUAGAUAACGGACAUAUUAUGACCCGUUGUUUGAAAUGUUUGAGCUGACCCAUAUUGCUUUAGUAGGGUUAAUGUCUUUCUUAUUGGGCCUAAUGUUUGCCUACCCAGCUAGGUUCUAGGAGCAGCCCAAUUCAUAGAAAGUUAUCAAAACGCUGCGUUCUGGUAAUGCACGAACGUUUAGGUUUUCAUUACUUCCUCCUUCAAGAAUCAAAACCUCUCCUCUCACAGUGAGCUUCUACACCUCCGUCUCUGUCAAAAUGCGGCCUUUACAGCCUCUGCAACUCCGGAGACUCUUGCUCCGCUACCUCUCUACCUCUUCUUCAUCACCAUCUUCUUCUCCAACUAUUCAAACCCACAUUCUGUUUCACUCAAGAAAACCCACCCAUUUCCACUAUGCCCAACCCGCCAUUACCACAACAGCAAGCUCUCAUUUUCUCUCUCUUCUUCAUUUCAGUGUCUCUAAACCCUUUUCUUCCUCAACCUUACCAGCCCAAGACUCAGAUCAAUCCCAAUUAGCUCAGUCUCUCUCCUCUGAACUCCUCAUAGACCCUAGCUCCGAUCCUCUCUCUGUCACCCAACGCCUACAAUUGAGCUUCUCCCACAUCACCCCGACUCCUUCCCUGGUCCAGUCCGUGCUCAAUCUGUCACCUGAUGCCGGCCGUGCAGUUAUAGGGUUUAACGAGUGGCUCAUCUCAAACCCUACUUUUGAGCACACCGAUGAGACCCUCUCUUAUUUUGUAGAUUAUUUUGGUAGGAGAAAGGAUUUCAAGGCGACCCAUGAUGUGAUUGUUAGUGCAGGUGGGGUUGCUGGGCCCAAAACCUUUGCUUCCUCCAUUGAUAGGCUGGUGAGAGCUGGGAGGCCCGCACAGGCUGUUUCUUUCUUUGAGAGGAUGGAGAAGGACUAUGGGCUUAAGAGGGACAAAACUUCGCUUAGAUUGGUUGUGGAGAAGCUUUGUGAAAAUGGGUUUGCGAGUAAUGCUGAGAAAAUGGUGAAAAGUUUGGCCAAUGAGUUUUUCCCUGAUGAGUAUAUUUGUGAUUUGCUUAUUAAGGGUUGGUGUAUUGAUGGGAAGCUCGAGGAGGCUCGAAGAUUGGCUGGGGAGAUGUAUAGAGGAGGGUUUGAGAUUGGUACCACUGCUUACAAUGCCAUUCUUGACUGCGUUUCUAAGCUUUGUAGGAAAAAGGACCCUUUUCGCCUUCAUUCGGAGGCCGAGCAAAUCUUGGUGGAUAUGGACACUCAUGGGGUUCCAAGAAAUGUGGAGACUUUCAAUGUGUUGAUUAGUAAUUUGUGUAAGCUUAGGAAGACCGAGGAUGCUUUGAACUUGUUUCAUAGAAUGGGUGAGUGGGGUUGUUAUCCAAAUGAAACUACGUUUCUUGUGUUGAUCAGAAGCUUGUAUCAGGGAGCGAGGAUUGGGGAAGGGGAUGAAAUGAUUGAUAGGAUGAAGUCAGCCGGGUUCGGUGGGGCUCUUGAUAAGAAGGCCUAUUAUGGAUUCAUGAAGAUUUUGUGUGGUAUUGAGAGGAUUGAUCAUGCUAUGCGUGUUUUCAAGAAGAUGAAGGAGGAUGGAUGUGAGCCUGGGAUCAAGAGUUAUGAUCUGUUGAUGGGAAAACUGUAUGCUCACAACCGUGCUGAUAGAGCCACUGCCCUGUUUAAUGAGGCUCAAAAGAGAGGGGUGCCUUUGACACAAAAGGCAUAUCAGGCGGACCCGAGAUUCUUGAAGAAGAAGCCGAAGGCUGCGAAGAAGGAGAAGAAGCGGGAAACUUUUCCUGAGAAGAUGGCAAGGAAGAAGAGACGUCUUAAGCAAAUUCGAUUGAGUUUUGUAAAGAAGCCGAAAAAAAUGAUGCGUCGAGCCUACUGAUGAUGCUAUUAGAAGUUGGAAUUGUCAAAUUAUCAAAGGGGAAUGACAGUUUUGAUUCUGUUUUUUGAAGUUCGAUCAUUUGUUUUCUCCUGAUGUUUUAUGCAGUUGAAUUUGUCUUCUUGUUUUGUUCUUAUAGUUAGUGACAUUCGAAAUAAGAAAAAACAGUUUCUAUCCG